AUGGAUCAAGAUUCUUUUCGCCGUCUAUUGGAAACACCUGGAGGGGCCUCAAGCAGCCUUAGUUCUCGAAGCUCACUUCUCGCUCAGGCAGCAGGUACCAAGCCGAAGACUAUAGACGCCUCUAAGCCCGCAUUCAAACCUAGGAAGGUCAAGAAACAGUCAGACGCCAAAUACCGUGACCGUGCCGCGGAACGUCGCGGUGGUGAAGGAAAUGAUUAUGCACAGAUUGAGGCAGUGUUGGAAGACUUUGAGAAGCGGGCGGCGGACGCUGAAGACAAGGAUGAGGUUGAGGCUCAGAGGCAGUACCUUGGGGGAGACGGGGACCACACAAUUUUAGUGAAGGGUCUUGACUUCGCGCUUCUGGAACAGAACAAGGCAAGGUCGUUGAAUUCAGCGGAGGAUGACGAGACAUUGGAAGAGGCCUUUUUGGCGGCAUCCUCAGGAGCGCCUUCUACCGUUCCGAAGAAACGUACUAGGGAGGAUAUUAUACGAGAGCUGAAGGAAAAGAGGGGAUCAAAACCAACGGAAGACGCCAGUUCGUCAAAACCGGCCGAAGAGGAGAGUCGAUUGUUGGAGGAGGCGAAGCAGAAGGGGAAGUUUAAACCCAUUGGUUUUAAACCGAUUGGUGAUGGAGAUCCCAAAAAGAAGAAGAAGAAGAAAGUGGAAACGGAGGGAAAAGAUGGCGAACGGAAGAAGAAGAAACGGAAAGUGGAGGACGGGUCGAAAGCCGUCAAUGGCACAGGUGUAGACGCGACCGAGAAAGGUUCUAUGCUCCCCCCACCGGUGCCGUCGAAAGCACUCGAAACGUUGCCUCCCGCCGUACCCGAGCCUGAACCUCUUGAGGAAGAUUUCAACAUUUUUGCCGAUGUCGGCGAAUACGAGGGCAUUGGUCUUGAGUCUGACGAUGACGACGACGAUGACAAUCCAAAGAAAUCGAACGACGUGGAUACACCUCAAGAAGCUGAAGUUCCCAAUAUGCACCGUAGGUGGAUAGGAACCGACGAGCCAGAACCUACGCCCUCCACGAAUCCCCCGGAGUCACUACAACAGAACCCAACUGAACCGCCGACGUCUCAUUCCUUGCCACCUGAGGGUGAAGAGGAAGAACAACAACCGACACGCCUCGUUCCGUUAGCAAGCUCCGCAUUGCCGUCAAUCAAGGAGUUCUUGGCUAUGGAAAAGGCUGCUGGCUCAUAUGGUAAGAAGAAAAAGGGGAAGGAUAAAAAGAAGUCUGGCGGAACGGAUGAAGAUGGGGGCAGUGACAAGUCUAAAAAGUUGAACGCAGAGGCAAAGGCAGAGCGCGAUUACAAGCGAUUGAAGUCAUACACCGACAAAAAGGCAGGUGACUCUGCCGCCAAGUAA